UAGGAAGAGCAGGACCAAAGAGUGGUCCAAACAUAUCCUUAACAUCCCAGCACUAGAUCCUGCGCCCGCUGCAGACCCAUCCCGAGCCCCUUGCCCUGCUCCCGCCCAAAGCUCCGGGUCUACGAGCCGGCCUGACCGCGGUCACGCCUCCCCCGCGUGCUGCUGACUCAACCCUGGGAAAAGAAACCUCUCGGUUUUUUCCGACCUGUCCCUGGGGCACCCGCGUCCCGCCCCGCCCCGCCCCCCACCCAAGCCCCCGCCCCGCCUAAAGUUAUCCUUCGGCUCUGAGCCCGCGGAACGCGUUGGCGUGACUCCCCGGGGUGUGGCCGAAGAACUCAGGCGACGCCUUGCCGAAGGGCGGACUCCUCCGCGGCCCGGAAAAGGAGACCCCGCGCGGCGGCAGCGGCGAGCCGGGCAUGCUCACUGGCGCGGGCCGGGACCGCAGCCCAGGCAGGAAGCGCUGGCGCUAGGCGGUCCCCAGCGCUGCCAGCUGGAGUCGGGCGGAGCCGGAGCUCCAGCUCCGGGUGGUUCUGCCAGUCCCCGCGCGCCCGGGCGGCCGCACACGUGUCCAAGCGUCACGUCCGCGCGCGCCCCCGGGGCUUGCGUCAGCGGCCGCUCCGGUAGCUGGUGGGCCGGGGUUCUGCGCACCGCUCGGCUUCGGGGCCGCGACACCGCCGGGAGGAGGAGUUUGGGGGCUCGAAGGGGUGUUCGGAGCGCCGGGGACCGCGGAGAUCGUCAGCGCGGUCCAGCCGCCCAUCCUGCCCGGCGCCGAUCGUCUCCGCUGCUCGGUCCCGGGCUGGGCGCGGUGGCGUUGCCCAGGAGCCCGCCGCCCGCGGGGCGCGCACCGCCUUGACCCCGGCGGCCCCGCGGCAGGCAGGCGCCCGCAGUUCCAUGGUUGGUUCGGAGCGCAAUGAGCCGCCCGUCCUCCACCGGCCCCAGCGCUAACAAACCCUGCAGCAAGCAGCCGCCGCCGCAGCCACAGCACGCUCCGUCCCCGGCUGCGCCCCCGGCCGCCGCCACCAUCUCGGCUGCGGGCCCCGGCUCGUCCGCGGUGCCCGCCGCGGCGGCGGUGGUCUCGGGCCCCGGCGGCGGCGGCGGCGGCGGCGGCGGCGGCGGCGGCGGCGGAGCUGGCCCAGUGUCUCCGCAGCACCACGAGCUGACCUCGCUCUUCGAGUGCCCGGUGUGCUUUGACUAUGUCCUGCCUCCCAUCCUGCAGUGCCAGGCCGGGCACCUGGUGUGUAACCAAUGCCGCCAGAAGUUGAGCUGCUGCCCGACGUGUCGGGGCGCCUUGACGCCCAGCAUCAGGAACCUGGCUAUGGAGAAGGUGGCCUCGGCAGUUCUGUUUCCCUGCAAGUAUGCGACCACGGGCUGUUCCCUGACCCUGCACCACACCGAGAAGCCGGAGCAUGAAGACAUCUGUGAAUACCGUCCCUACUCUUGCCCUUGUCCCGGUGCUUCCUGCAAGUGGCAGGGGUCCCUGGAAGCCGUGAUGUCCCAUCUCAUGCACGCCCACAAGAGCAUCACCACCCUUCAGGGAGAAGACAUCGUCUUCCUGGCCACAGACAUUAACCUGCCAGGAGCUGUGGACUGGGUGAUGAUGCAGUCGUGUUUCGGCCAUCACUUCAUGCUGGUGCUGGAGAAACAAGAGAAGUAUGAGGGCCACCAGCAGUUCUUCGCCAUCGUCCUGCUCAUCGGCACUCGCAAGCAGGCGGAGAACUUCGCCUACAGACUGGAGUUGAAUGGGAACCGGAGGAGACUGACCUGGGAGGCCACGCCCCGGUCCAUCCACGAUGGCGUGUCCGCAGCCAUCAUGAACAGCGACUGCCUGGUGUUCGACACAGCCAUAGCUCAUCUUUUUGCAGAUAACGGGAACCUUGGCAUCAAUGUGACUAUUUCUACAUGUUGUCCGUGACACACCGACAUGAUUUGGGCAUGGCGCUCUCUGGUUAAUAAAGGUUUUUAUAGGUGUUUUAUUCACAGUGUCUUCACAAGUCAGGACCAACAGUUUCCCCGUGUCCUGUCUGAAUGGCAGCUUCCCAUCUGGCACUGGCCCAGCGAAGUUCAUUAAACCGGGACAGAGGAGGUUGGCCGGUUAGUCCUUUGGAGGCUACCCUAUGAUCGGAAAUCAACUUGAUUAUUAAAUUUUACUUCCUUCCUGAACAGCACCUGACAGGUUUCUCGGGCUCCUCUAAGACCAGGAUGUUUGUUAGGAAUUGGAGGCUCCUUCCUGCCUCCCUAUAUUGGUCCCUCCAAGUUGACGAAAGCACAGUGACUGUCAGCAGAGUCCUUAACUUUGCUUUUACCUUGUGUUUAAGGAGGUAGGAAUUGUUUUACUACAUUUUAAACAGUGUUUCUCAAACCGGAUGGCUAACCAGUGUGCACAGAAUCAAUGGAGUGCUUAUCUGAAACAUGCAAUUUGGGGAGCCUGCGAAUUUAACAAUCUCAUCAGGGGAUGCUUUCCAACAGUAAAGUUUGAGAAUUACUGGGUUAAAUUGUGGGAAAGGGUCCAGAUUUUAAAGGUGCUUUCCGAUUACCCUCUACUGAUUUGUCUGUCUUUCUACUAUUUCAUCCACACACACUCCCACUCCCAGAUUAAAACAAGAACCACAGAUCCCCACAAACACAGUCCUGAGAUAUAGUCACUCUCUUGUGUUUGGGAGGGACUGCCUAGGAAAGCAAAAAGGGUAGCCAUUGAUAGCUCUCACGUAGUUAGUUUUUGCUCAUCACUAGUACAAAUGACCUGUUUACACCUGGCUUCCCUCAGAGGCCCUCCUUAACUUAGAUGGUGGGAAAGACUAGAUCAGUAGAGUUGGAAAAGCUUUAUAACCAGUGUCAUAUGCUUGCUAUUUAAAGGUAUGUGUUGGGUUUGGUUUGUUGGUUUUUUUUUUUUCCACAUUCACUUUAGUUUUUUAAUAAAUAUUUUUCAAAAAUGAA